CGGAAACUCAUUUCUGUCCGUUCAGAGGUCAGCGCAGUACGUGUGGUUUCGAUUCGGUUUAUUCGUAAAACAUUUUUGUUCUCUCUUCCUACGGCUAGUUCUUUAAAAUAACAUGCAGCGGAAUGAUGUAUAUGUUGACACCAUGGAUGUACAAACAAUCUUCUGAGAAGGACAUCAAGUGGAACUUGCAUUGAUUCUGUUCUCCCCGUGACUUUUUGACCCAACCCAACAAACGGUGCAUUGCACAUUCAACAUUACAAGGUGUAAACAUUUCCAGCUAUUAUUGACACUGUAUCUUCUUAAGGAUUUUAUACUUUCUUCUCUGAACGGAGAACACCUGUAAGAAAGCAAAAUGACAGGAUUGAGGAUGAUGUGGUGCUUUGUCCUGCUCUUCUACCCACUAAGUGUAAAAGGAGUUUUUACUGGACCUUCGAAUGAAGUGGUUGUAGAAGGCCAAACUGCGACGCUGACAUGCCGUGCAGGAGCAGGAGUCACUAUAGGUUUCUCUAGUUGGUUAGAUGAUGGAGCAAACAUUGCUACAAAAGAUGGUGUAUUUAACCCUGCUCCCAAAUACUCUAACUUUGCUAUCUUGAAUGCUGAUACUGUGAAUGGUCAGAUGGAUCUUCAGAUAGCAAACGCUCAGUACGAAGAUGAAGGGACAUAUGAAUGUCAGAUUAAUGCUGAUAUAUCUGAUCCGGCAACACUUACUGUGGAAGCUCAAGUAACAAGUGUGACAAUCACAGUAAAUGGAGCAUCCGGUUCACCCGUUGAUGUGGUGGCUGGUGAGGAACAAACACUCGUCUGCACCGCCUUUGGUGCCAGACCACGUGUAGGAAUAGACUGGACCAAUGAUGGGACCAGUCUCUCUGGUGAUACUGAGACAGAAAGUGUCAAUGGAAAUACAACUGAUACUAUUAGCACUCUCCUAUACACUCCAACUAGCAAUGAUAAUGGUCGUCAGUUUAGAUGUGAAACAACAGGACAGGAAGCUGCAACACCUCAAUCACAAUCAGUCACCCUCAAUGUGCAGUUUGCCCCAGUUGAUGUAACGGUAGAGUAUAGUCAAGGUACAAUUACCUGUUCAUCCACUGCUAACCCAACCGUAGCUAACAACAUGUAUGUCAUCACUCUGAAUGACACAGAGACAUCCAUCGGGAAGACAUUGAAAUAUGACCCUGAGAUGUAUGGCUGCACAACAGUCAAGUGUACCGCUACCAAUACGAUAGGAACAGCAUCUGGCUCACUAGCAGAUCCUCUGUGUCCAGAAGCAUCUACAACAACAGAAAUGCCAACCACUGGCGCUACAACCAUGUCACCUACGACCACUAGCAAGCCCACAACCACUAAGAAAGGCGGAACUGCACCACAAACGAAUCCAGCAGUCAUAGCUCUUGCAGUGAUUAUACCCAUAGCAGUCCUCGUAGCCAUCAUCUGUAUAGUCCUCUGCUAUAAACAAAAAAAGUUCUGCUUCGCUCCUUCCAAGACUGGCUCCGGCGGCACGAUACCAAAGAAGCAGCCUUCAGCCUCAAACGCUGAUAUGAUUCGCAACCAACCCGAAGUGCGCCAGAGCGUCCACAAGUACGAUGACGAACCCAAAAAACCAAGGAUUCCCCGCAGUUCCACGGGUAACUCGAAAAAGCAGCCCGGGAACGACGCUGCCCCAAGGCAAAGCGGGGGCUCCCCCGUCGAAGGCAACAGGGGUUACCCUGCUGAAUACCCCGAUGGGAGAAACCAGGACGGUGGAGGCGAAAGCGGUGUAAACUACGCUGAUCUAGAGUUUCAGAAUCGGCAGGGAGACACCAAUGGGCACGGACAAAUCCAUUAUCCAGAGGAAGAGCCAACACAGUACGCGUCCAUCCUAGUCUAACACACCCCUCUUAUCAAGUGAAGAGUUCUUUUGUUUGUAUUGAAUAUGGAAGGGACCAUUUUUGCAGCUGGUGGUUUGAAAGGGGAGUGGAUUUUGCAGUAAGAAAAAAAAGUUGCUUGAAAAUUUUGAUUCUGUUUGUUGAACUUCUUUUUCUUUUUUUUAGAAUGGAAGGUUCCGUUGUUGGGAUUUGUGUUAACUGUUUAGGUUGGAAGAUUUUUAGUUUGUAGGGGUGUUCAAGCAGAGUGAGGUGACAUGUUGCAAUGUUGCUCAUGGUUAGUGUUGAUUAUGGUCUGCGUUAAGAUUGGAAUGAUUUUAAAUACAACUUUCCCUCAAAGUCCAGUCCUACCGCCCAAAACCCACCAAGAAUCAGCCGGCUUUGCAUACUACCUCAAAAGAAAGUUCAAUUGUUUGGGUCUUUGGUCACCGAAGCCUUUUCCCAAACCUUCGCCCAAUUACAUAGACCUGCUUAAGCAGACAAUAUUGCUCGAUAAUCGUUUGCUUAGCAGAAAUAAGCAGGGUACCAGUCACAAAUUGUACAUGAGACAUAGUAUCGUGGCUGGUUACCUUGUUCUAGUAAGCAUAAUUUGGUUGUGCUUAGCUACGUUUUGUGCUUGAGCCUGUAAGCAGCUCUAUGGAAUUUGGCCUUGGGCUCCAGCUUGGGUAAUUUUGGAGCAGUGUACAUUUGGCACUGUGUUUCCAACAUCAAACGGAGCAUGAAAUUGGAGAUGAAGCCUAAACUGUGGUUUAGAAAGAGCCUAUAAGGCUGUGUAUGAAACGGCGGCUUCGGCUACAGUUAUGGCUAGAUCGUGCGCGUCUAUCUAAUCUUUAACACUGACAGACGCGCUGAUCUAGCCGUAGCUGUAGCCGAAGUCGCCAGUUCGGACACGGCCUAAGGUUGGUGUUAGAGGCUGAAAGUGGUAGAGAUGGGUGUUGAUGGACAUGGACUGAGUUUAGUAUCAAUAAUCUUCAUGAACUAGCAGAGUUCUGUUUGUCAUUGUCAUUCCCAAUUGAUGAAUUAUUCAUUACAGUUUGCUCAUGAAUUAUUCAUCACAAUAUAUUGAUAAAGUAUUCGUCAAAAGUCAAAAAGAGGCUCCCCCCUUUUUUCUGUUAAAAAUAAGAAGAAAUAUUCUUGUGUUGUCAAACAUCUCUCAUCUCAUUUUCGGAAAGUUCACUUAAAGAAUUGGUCAGCAGUGCAAAAUGUAUUUCCGGAUUGGUUAUUUAUUUAUCAAUCAUUUGGUUUUGUUUACAUAUGUACAAGUUUUUCUCGUUCGACCUCAAAAUGUUUCUUGUACAAUUAAGACGACAUUGAUUGUUAAAAAAAAUGAACAAAAAAAUAAAAAAUACUUGCGACUUUUUUAAUUAUGAGGAUCACACUGCCUUAAAAGGACACUAAACUCUGGUCCUUUUCUUAAAUAAUACAAACAAAUAACGCAAAAUGUAAAUAAAGUGUAUACAAUGAGCCCGCCUUAGACUAACAAAAAACACUUAAUCUUUUUCUAACUUUAUUACUCUAAUUAUUAGUUUUUUAAAAUUACAUUUUAUUUAGAAACAUUGUGUCCUUGUCUAUAAAAUCUCCCAUAUACUUAUUUCUUUUGAUUUAUGAUAUUUCUUUGAUAGCCAUUUUCUAUUUUAUUUAACGGUGGAAUAAUAAGUCAAAUAGCUGAUUAAAAGACCAACUGUACUCAACUUACGAGUUGUAGCUGAUAGUAGGGUUAUACCUCACUAAUAGUCAACUUGAGUUAUAGCUCACUAAUAGUCAACAUAUAGUAGAGUUAUAGCUCUAUAAUAUUCAACUUAUAAUAAAGUUAUAGCUCACUAAUAGUCAACUUAUAGUAGAGUUAUAGCUCACCAAUAGUCAAAUAUUAAAAGUCACCACAGUCCUCAAAUGCUGACACUGCAAUUAAUUUAACUAUUAUUUAGUAUUUAAUGGUCACAGUAAAUCAAUUGCAAAUACUCGGAUGUAUAUAUUACUCAAUUUUUUACAAAAUUACCAAAAAAUUCUCUCAGUUUAAAAAAGUAACACAAUUUGAUCGUUUAUAAACAGUCAACGAAAAACGUUUUGUGUACAGAACCUUUCAAUUUUGCAAUCAUUUCCUGCAACUACAUAAGAGAUUGGUGGGAUUGACUAGAGGUUAUUUUGGAUGAUUUAAAGGCAGUGGACACUUGGUAAUUACUCAAAAUAAUUAUAAGCAUAAAAACCUUACUUGGUAAUGAGUA